CACAGCGACUAUGGACUGACAGAAAAUAUUUGCUUCUCCGCGACUGAACCAUUGGGUUCAUUCCGCAUUAACCCCUCUAGUAUGGUACUAAUGGUAUGGGUCUGACAGUGAAUCGCCAUCCCCGCCGAUCCUCCAGGACGGGCGAGCGGAACCUCGCUGCCUGCCUUGGGUGCCAGUUUAGGCGGGGAACAAGUAACAGCGUUAUCAGACGACUCGAUGAUCCGACAGGAAACAGCCGCCGUCCCGGCGUGCUCGAUCCAGCUCAACCUGCAAGGCAGCAGCCAGAGCGGUAAUACGACAAUCGUGGGUGGUAAUCUCAUUCAAAACAUCCAAAACACGGUUUUGUCCCCGCCAGCGGCAUCAACAAUGCCAGAGGUAGAUCUAGAACGAAUUUUGGAAUGGCUGGCCCCCAACGUCAACUUUCGGUCGAUCCACAUCGAGAACUUUGAGAAAUGCGCCGAAGGAACGCUGUCGUGGUUUCUGGAAGGGGACAAUUACAGGGGAUGGAAACUUGGCGAGCACAAAAUUAUCUGGGGAACUGGGAUACCCGGUGCUGGAAAAACUGUCCUUGCGUCUCGAGUAAUCAAUGACUUGGAGUCUACGAAUACGCCAAACAAGAAGACUUGCAUCCUGUACGCGUAUUGCCGCUAUACGGAGGCCUUGACCGUCAAGGAUAUCCUCGAAGGCCUUAUUAAAGAAUGCCUCGAGCGUCAUUCCGACCCCGAACUUGUCGGUGCCAUCGUUCCCAUCCUCGAGCGUCAUCGUCGGGAGAAAACAAGACCACCAUUCAAUGAACUCAUGGACCUCCUCCGCAUCAUCGAGCGACACUUCGACAUUGUGUUCUACAUCAUAGAUGGCCUCGACGAGGCACGCGUUUCUACUCAGUUUAACCUUAUUAAGGCGAUCAACUCACUCGCAGGAAGGUUCUCAAUCACCUCGCGGCCACUUCAAACGCUCGAGGAUGACCUUCAUUCCGCCGUUUUUUAUCCCGUCUGUGCACGGAGAGAGGACAUCACGCGUCUCAUUCAAGCCAAAAUUUCCCAGCACUCCCAUCUGCGUCGUCUCCUUAAACUGAACCAAUGGGAAGAGAGAGUGGUUUCGGAGAUAUUAGAUAAGUCUGGGGGAAUGUUCAUCCACGCUGCUCUGCAGGUCGAAGCUCUCGGGCUUUGCAGAAGCUCUAGGGAUCUAGAAGAUGUUCUGAAUCAUUUGCCCCUCUCACUCGAAGACAUGUACCGCCAGACGACCCAGCGGAUCCAAGCACAGCCUACCUCCCAAGCCGAUCUUGGGAUAAGGGCUCUUCUUUGGGUGGUUUUUUCGCAGCAGCCCUUGCAUAUCGAGGAUGUAUUGUAUGCGGUUGCCACCGACCCAGAAACGCACGUGUUAGAUGAAGAAAGGAUGGUCGACCAAGGGGAACUCACAUCGGCGUGUUGUGGGUUAAUCGAGGUAGACGAUUUCCUUCGAGUUCGUCUUGUCCACUAUACGGCUCAAGAAGCACUUAAAACUAUACUGUUGGAAUAUCACCCCCGUCCUCAUGCAAUGAUUGUUCAGGCCUUGAUGCAAAGGCUCAUUUCUCUUGGCUUGCCCCAAUCCAAUCUGCAGGACCUAAAGGAGCUGCAGACUGUCCUCCAAGUUCCUCUCGGCGACUACGCUUACCAUCACUGGCAAUCCCAUCUCCACACCGCAUGCAAAGUCAAAUAG